CUAGGGGGUUGGUGAAAAGUUUUUGCCGUGGGGAAAACUGAAAAGGAACUCCGCCAUCUCUUUCUUGGUUCUGCGUUCCCCCGCGAAUUUGGAAAAAGCGCCAUCUCUGCCCGUCUUUGUCGCUUCCUUCCUUCCUCGCUUCAAUCUUCACAAGGCGUUGAUCCCUCCAAAGCUUUUAGAUCAAGAUCACUCUCAAAUCCCCCACAAACCCAUCUGAUAUCCAUAAUGGUUGCGAAUGCUUUCCGCCAUCCUGUUGGGGUAAUUCAGCUCCAUGGUUCUGUUGGUGACACUGGUUCUAUGAGCAAAUGUAGGCAGAUGUCUUUCAGAUUUAUCUCCAAAAAUUUUGCGGUUGAUGUGGGUUUGCUUAGAAAAGAACAAUGUGGUUCUAGACAGUGUAAACUGCAAGUAAUUCGUGCAUCUUCUUCUCAAACUUCAACAACUGAUCCAAUUUUAUCUACCUCGAAAGCUGAAAGUGCUUUAAUACUAAUUCGUCAUGGCGAAUCUUUGUGGAAUGAGAAGAACUUGUUCACCGGUUGUGUUGAUGUGCCUUUAACCAAGAGAGGUGUAGAUGAGGCAAUAGAAGCCGGUAAGAGAAUUAGCAACAUCCCUAUAGAUAUGAUUUUCACAUCUUCGCUGAUUCGUGCACAGAUGACAGCUAUGCUUGCCAUGACCCAACACCGCCGAAAGAAGGUACCAAUCAUUACGCAUAACGAGAGUAGACAGGCGAAAACAUGGAGUCAAAUUUACAGUGGAGAUACUAAGAAGCAAUCGAUUCCAGUUGUAACUGCUUGGCAAUUGAACGAAAGAAUGUAUGGUGAAUUACAGGGUCUUAAUAAGCUAGAGACAGCUGAAAGAUAUGGAAAGGAGCAAGUGCAUGAGUGGCGUCGGAGUUAUGAUAUUCCUCCCCCAAGCGGUGAGAGCUUGGAAAUGUGUUCACAAAGAGCUGUAGCCUACUUUAAAGAACAUAUUGAACCAAAACUACAAUCUGGAAAGAACGUGCUGGUUGCUGCCCAUGGGAAUUCGUUAAGGUCUAUAAUCAUGUAUCUUGAGAGAUUAACUUCCCAAGAGGUUAUUAGCUUAGAGUUAUCAACCGGUGUACCACUGCUUUAUAUUCAUAAGGAGGAAAAGUUUAUGAGGAGGGGAAGUCCAGUUGGACCUACAGAACCUGGUGUUUAUGCUCAUACUAAGAGUUUAGCUCUCUACAGGCAAGAAUUGGAUAAAAAGUCGCAUUGAACUAUAUAAAAGCAGGUAACCUCCUUGACGGAACAUCUGUGCUGAAACAUUUUUACUUGUUGAAAGACCUGAUCUUAACAAAUUGAGUGCUUAGUGUUUUGGUACAGUUAUGUCCUAUACACAGUAUAACUAUGUUUAACGUUGGAUGUCAACCUUCAACUGGACAUGGAUUGAUUGUGUAGUUCAAUGUUCACGUGAUGCUUGUUUUCUCAGGGGACAACCUAUUUUUACUUGGGGGCUUUUUCUGUUUAUGAAACAAUUGAAGGACAUAUGCCUGGAAUUCUGCAGCAUAUGAAUACAGCUCUGUGCCGUACAAAUUUUUGUUUUUCAAUUUGCA